AUGCUUGGAUUUACUAAGUUUGUGAAAGACCUGCUUACGAAGAAGAGGUCUGUUCAACAUGAGAUAGUGAAUUUAUCCCACCGCGUGAGUUCGAUUAUUGCUUCCACCACAGUUCAGAAAAAGGGAGAUCCAGGGGCGUUUACCAUUCCGUGUAAUAUUAGGCUUCAUGCAUUUGGUCGUGCUCUAUGUGAUAAUGGGGCGAGCAUCAAUUUAAUGCCCUUUGCUAGUUUCAAAUCCAUCAAGAAGCUAGUUGGGGUUGUAGAUCAUGUGUUGGUGCAAGUGGGUAAGUUCAUGUUGCCUGCUGAUUUUGUUAUUCUGGAUUGUGUGGUUGAUAAAGAUAUUCCCAUCAUCUUAGGAAGACUCUUCCUUGCUAUGGGCAGAGCGCUUAUAGACUCUGAAAAGAAUGAAAUCAAGUUUUGA